GGGAAGGGAUGGUCAAAUGUGGUUUUUGACAACCACCAAAUUGAUGUCACUGGCAAUGUUGCCAUUGCCAUGGGCAACUACUUCUUCAGCAGUGCUGCAGAUGGAAGCAAGACCAAAGUUGAGUACACCUUCGGCUACAAGAAGAAUGCGGAUGGCAAGGUGCGCAUCUUCCUCCACCACUCGUCAGUGCCAUACAGCGUGCCUGCAGCCACUGCAUCUGGAGCGAUUACUGAAGAGGAAGUAAAGAGUGUGCAGGCAGCAUGGGCCAAUGCAAUCAGGAGUAUCUCCAAGACUUAUCUUGACGGAGGCGACUACGUUGCAGCUGCUGCCAAAGCAGCCGGUGAGCUCUAUGGCUAUGGACACACAAAUGUGCUGUUCAAGCCAACCAAGGCAGCUGAAGCCCAGUUUCGACCCACAGCCUCAGAUGCCAUGUCCUACUUUGUUGGGCACAGAGCGGUCGAGAAGGGUUAUCUUGAGGAUGCUGGCUUCGCCAUCAACGGUGGGAAGGGAUGGUCAAAUGUGGUUUUUGACAACCACCAAAUUGAUGUCACUGGCAAUGUUGCCAUUGCCAUGGGCAACUACUUCUUCACAAGCGCAGCAGAUGGCAGCAAGACGAAAGUUGAGUACACUUUCGGCUACAAGAAGAAUGCGGACGGCAAGGUGCGCAUCUUCCUCCACCACUCCUCAGUGCCAUACAGCGUGCCUGCAGCCACUGCAUCUGGAGCGAUUACUGAAGAGGAAGUAAAGAGUGUGCAGGCAGCAUGGGCCAAUGCCAUCAGGAGUAUCUCCAAGACUUAUCUUGACGGUGGCGACUAUGUUGCAGCUGCUGCCAAAGCAGCCGGUGAGCUCUAUGGCUAUGGACACACAAGUGUGCUGUUCAAGCCAACCAAGGCAGCUGAAGCACAGUUUCGACCCACAGCCUCAGAUGCCAUGUCCUACUUUGUUGGACACAAGGCAGUCGAGAAGGGUUAUCUUGAGGAUGCUGGCUUCGCCAUCAACGGUGGAAAGGGAUGGUCAAAUGUGGUUUUUGACAACCACCAAAUUGAUGUCACUGGCAAUGUUGCCAUUGCCAUGGGCAACUACUUCUUCACAAGCGCAGCAGAUGGCAGCAAGACGAAAGUUGAGUACACUUUCGGCUACAAGAAGAAUGCGGACGGCAAGGUGCGCAUCUUCCUCCACCACUCCUCAGUGCCAUACAGCGUGCCUGCAGCCACCAAAGUGCAGUCCCCAAGCUUGGUGACAACUUUGCAGCCAACAUUGGUUGGAGCAUAGAUUUGAUCUCCGAGAGGUCUGCUUUGGUCACAUCUUUAGUUUUUUUCGAUGCUGACGGUGACUUGAAACAGUUGCCUGGUCUGGUGCUUUGCAAAAGUUUUAUUGCACUUUUCUGCACGUUUGAGGCUUUUUAGGUUUGUCCUUUGUCCAGCUUUUGCCUCAAACAUUUUUGUGCAGUAUCAAAUUGAUUUGUACACAUGAUAUAGAUUUAAUGAUUGAUUUUUUUAGCCGGACCUAGGAGCCGGCUGCGGGGAUGAAAAAUCCCCACCAGAGGAGAUUCUUUCGAAGUUUUGGGAAGGGCCAAUGGGCUGUCAAAGGCCCGCGCUCUUCAGCCAAGCAGCCAGUACAUAGCUGUGCUUUGCUUGGAGACCCUUGCAGCUUUUCGCAAUCGCCCGCCUCA